GGAACCUCUUCUAUCCCUGCAACUCUUAUACUUAGCACCCUUGUUGCUGUUUUUGGUUCUUUCGUUUUUGGGUCUGCUGUGGCAUAUUCAUCCCCUACUCAAUCUAAAAUCAUGGAUGACCUCAAUCUCGGUGUGGCUGAGUUUUCACUUUUCGGUUCAAUAUUGACGAUUGGAGCUAUGAUUGGUGCCAUUGGGAGUGGUAAAAUAGCAGAUUACGCAGGUCGUCGAGUUGCCAUGGGAUUCUCGGAGGUAUUUUGCAUCUUGGGAUGGCUUACCAUAACAUUCUCAAAGGUUGCUUGGUCGCUUUAUGUUGGAAGACUGUUGGUAGGAUGUGGGAUUGGUCUUCUAUCUUAUGUGGUACCGGUUUAUAUAGCAGAAAUAACACCAAAGAAUCUUCGUGGGGGAUUCACCACAGUUCAUCAGUUAAUGAUUUGUUGUGGGAUGUCAUUGACUUAUCUUAUUGGAGCAUUCUCGAAUUGGCGGAUUUUAGCUCUAAUAGGAACUAUUCCGUGUCUUUUACAGCUUCUGAGUCUUCCCUUCAUCCCUGAUUCUCCUAGGUGGCUGGCUAAGGUUGGUCGUUUGAAAGAGAGUGAUUCUGCUUUACAGCGCCUUAGGGGGGAGAAUGCUGAUAUGUAUCAAGAGGCCACUGAAAUUAGAGAUUAUACAGAAACCCUUCAGCGGCAAAAAGAAGCUAGCAUUAUUGGCUUAUUUCAAUUGAAAUAUUUGAAGUCACUUACUGUCGGAGUUGGCUUGAUGAUACUGCAACAGUUUGGAGGGAUUAAUGGCAUUGUUUUUUAUGCAAAUUCUAUAUUUAUCUCUGCUGGGUUUUCGGAUAGUAUUGGAACGAUAGCAAUGGUUGCUGUUAAGAUCCCAAUGACAACUUUGGGAGUACUUUUGAUGGAUAAAUCUGGAAGACGACCACUUUUGCUGGUGUCUGCACUGGGAACAUGCUUAGGAUGCUUCCUCGCAGCCCUAUCAUUCUUCAUGCAGGACUUACAUAUAUUGAAGGGAAUCAGUCCCAUUCUGGCGCUAGUUGGUGUACUUGUAUACGUAGGAUCUUACUCGAUAGGCAUGGGAGCAAUUCCCUGGGUUAUAAUGUCCGAGAUAUUUCCCAUAAACGUGAAGGGCUCUGCUGGAAGCUUUGUGACCUUGAUUAACUGGUUGUGUUCUUGGAUUGUUUCAUAUGCUUUUAACUUCCUCAUGAGUUGGAGUUCAGCAGGAACUUUCAUCAUAUUCUCUAGCAUAUGUGGCUUCACUGUUCUAUUCGUAGCAAAACUAGUACCAGAGACCAAGGGGCGUACACUAGAAGAAAUUCAAGCUUCUUUGAAUUCAUAUUCAACAAAGACCGCAGUAGAAUUCAAUGCAUAAUAAACCCAGUACGAAAUUUUCGAAAUGGCAGAUUGAUGAGUAAUAAUAAAGGUUUCGUGAAACAAGCUUGUCCAUUUAAAAAACAAAAAAAGGGAAGGCUACGAAUACGCAAGCCUGAAUGAAGGAAAUAGCAAUCAGCAAGUCUCAUGUAA